AUGUGGUAUGUGGCGCGUCCGACCAAGGCACACGAAGCAGGAGAGGUAGGUCGACAGUUGAUUGCCUCGCUCGUCAUCGAUUUGCUUUGCUGUCUGCGCCGUUUCAGGCUGGCGAUCCCAUCGAGAGUGUCUUCAUUUGCGAGUGGCAAUGGGGCUGGAACUACGGCAGUUUCAUGACGUUUUGGGCCGUCAAUGCAGCUUGUAUUUCUGUGUACAUAUUGCUUCGUGAGGUCUUUCUACCCAGGUACAUAUUCACGUCCAUCCAUCCAUCUCCCGCCAGGCAGGCAGGCAGGCAGGCAGGAAGGCAGGCAGGCAGGCAGGUGGCUGUGUGUGUGGUUUGUGCACUUAUCUUUGUUCCCUUGUCUGCUGUAGGACGGCCGCACCGCCAGCGCCCCAUCAGCCGCAGGAACUCGAAGAGAAUUCACCGCCACAGAGGUCAGCGGCUCUUCUGCGACUUCUCACCCACCACCGCCUUGCUGUCUAUGUGUGUACAGCAGUGAGACAAAGCUGUUGCUUGAGGGAGAAAGUGAGCGCCCCUCUAAAGGAGAAGCAUCCUCCUCUGGGUCGCCGGACGAAGAGCCGCCAGCGCAUCAGGGCGGAAACGGGGGAAGCAUCCCUCCCGAUUUGGGUGAGUGACGAAUGGCUGAAUGUGCCGCGAAAGGCUCACCCAUCCAUCCACUGCUGCCCUUUGUCUUGUUUGCAUUGUCAGGCGCUGCGUAUGGAUAUCUCGGGGGGCUCGUCGCUGCACAGCUGCCGCUAGAAAUGAAACAGUUCGGCCCAAGUGGCUUUCGCCAGCAAGGUCAGCCUGUGUAGGACACACACGCGCCGUACCUGUGUGUGGGAUGUACAGAACGGCUUCAUUGCCCUCAUCGAGAAGCCCUUCUGCAACGUCAGCGGCGGCUGUGUGUGUUGGUGGCUCAUCGGUCAGACCUCCGUGUCGGCGCUGGCGAUGGUCUUCCUCAUCAUCCUACAGGCAGGCACAAUGGAAGCAGACACCCCAGCACGGGUCAGAAACCUGCCUUUGUUGCGGCACGCAGGAGGUCAUCCUUUACGUGGCUUUGAAUCUAAAGCAGGCGAAAUCAGCGGCCUUCAUGCCCACCUUCUACGUGGCGCAGUGCCUGUUCUCUCUCCUAGGAGGUACACACGCGACAUGCGCACACAGACGGAUACACAGCAAACAUUGUGUGCAGGUUUUGCAAAGUUCCACGAAAACCAGCACUUCAGCAAGGAGGAGAUCCACGACUUCCUCUACGGUAUUGUGAAUAUACACGAAGGCCUUUGCAUUGCUCUUUAUGUUGCGCUUCUGUUGCCGUGUAGGCCUCGGUAUUGUGCUGCUGGGAUGCUUCAUCCUGAGCAUGACAUGGAUAGACAAGUAA